AUGACGGGGAAGGUUCCCUCGUUCUCCUCCGGCUCCACAGUGAGCUCCGCUCUGCCCGGCUACGUCGCUCUCUGCCUCGCUCUACAGGUUCACAGUCUGGCGUCAGAACAGUUCACAGUGAGGGGACCUGGCCACCCGAUCACUGCCUCCCUAGGCGGGGAGGCCGUCCUGCCCUGCCACCUCUCCCCCAGGAUGAGCGCUGAGAACAUGGAGCUGAGGUGGUUCCGAUUCAAGUUCUCUGCAGUUGUGCACCGGUAUAAGGAUGGGCAGGAUCAGUACGGAGAGCAGAUGCCGGGAUAUCAGGGCAGGACAGAGCUGCUGAAAGACAAUAUCACCAGUGGGAGUGUUUCCCUGAGAAUACGCAAUGUCCAACUUUCUGACCAUGGACAGUACACGUGUUUCUUUCAGUCCAAUGUUUCAUAUGAAGAAGCCUUACUGGAGCUGCAAGUGGCAGUUUCAGGCUCUGACCCCCACAUCUCUGUUGAUGGCCACCAGGACGGAGGGAUCUGGGUUGUGUGUCGAUCAGCAGGCUGGCACCCAGAACCUGAGGCUCAGUGGAGAGAUCACCAUGGGCAGCUGUUAUCAUCUGCCUCUGAAAAAAUAUCUAAGGAGGCCAACGGCCUGUUUCAAAGCCAGAUUUCUAUUGUUAUAACAGAACAUUCCAACCAGGACUUGUCCUGUUCUGUCAGGAACCCGCUCCUCAACCGAGAGAAAAUAUCAACAGUUUCCACAGCAGAGAACACCCUGUAUGGACACAUCCUCUUGGGGCUUUUACGCGUACAGUAG